AUGGCGAGAGGAGAGGAAAGAAGACCAACAGGAGGAGAACGAAGAAGAGACAGGAAAGAAAACGAGUGGAGGAGGAUAAGGAUAAGGUCAUGUGAGAGGAUAAAGCCCCAAUCCACAUCCCCCGCGCCCCUCACUGGUCCCUCCUCCUCCUUCCCUCGUCCGCCGCCUCGCUCCCUCGCUCUCCUCCCUCGUCGCCGUGGCCUUCGGCCUAGGAGCCCCGCCGCCUACUGCUCCUCCUCCACCACCUCGCCUCUUUCUCCUCCUCGCCUUCCCAUCGCUCACGCGCAGGUCACCGCUGUCGGAGAACACGGGAGUGCGGGUCUUCAAGUUGGGGUGGUCAGGAGGGCUUCCCGACCUGACGGCGCCUCCUCCUCCUCGCAGCGUCGUCGCGCGUGCACCUUCUUCUCCUCCCUCCUCCCUCCCUCGUCACUACUUCCACCAGUCCCCUCCCUCCCUCGUCCGUGGCCGCUGCUGACCCCUCCUCCAGCCUCCGCGUCUCCGCCCAGGCGGCAAGGCCCCCAGCCCCCCUCGGGCCUCGGCCCCUCCAUACAGCCCGCUUCUGCCUCGUCCAACUCGCUGCUUAGCUCCCAAGCAGGCUCGGAGGGCAGCGGGCGCGGCAGGCUCGGCAGGCAGCGGGCGCGGUGGUCAAGGCCAGGGGCGCGGAUUGGGGAGAUGCGCACACGAGGAGCGACGGCGACCGCGUCUGCCGCCAACACCGAGAUCAGCUCUUCGUUCUUUCAAGCCCUAUGUUGCUUACUCAAAUGUUUGUGGCGAUUUCGUCGUUGGCUGGAAGACAUCUUCAAUACGCCGUCAACACGAGCUUCCCAAGGUAAUGAUCUAAGAGGAAGUGAGUUGGAGAUGAGAUGGGGACAGAAGAUCCUGCAGCGAUGUUGUUUCUUUGUUCUCCUGCUCAAGGCUUGCUCUUUCCUACUUACUGUCAUGGUGCUUAGGUGGAUGAGCCCCGUCCUGUGUUAUUCCCCUUGGUUUCUGAAGCUCCCAGGAUUUAAUAAUGAGUUGUCUUGGGCUUCAUUGGAUAAAUGAUCUACCUCGAGCAAUGAUACAGGUUGGCGUUGAAGCCUGAUGGUGUUUUUCUUGCAGCAAAUCUUGGCGGGAAGACUCUGAAGUGAUAAUCUUAAAUUUGCCAUUUACCGACAUUUUCCAGUUUCUUGUUUGACUUGCCUUUUCUUGGAUGCGAUGAUAAGGGAACUAAGAAUUGCGUGCACUAUUGCUCAAAUGGAACAUAAGGGAGGCAUCAGUCCUCGAAUGUUGCCUUUAGAACAACUCAGGUGGAUGAGCCACGUCCUGUGUUAUUCCCCUUCGUUUCUGAAGCUCCCAGGAUUUAAUAAUGAGUUGUCUUGGGCUUCAUUGGACAAAUGAUCUACCUCGAGCAAUGAUACAGGUUGGCGUUGAAGCCUGAUGGCGUUUUUCUUGCAGCAAAUCUUGGCAGGAAGACUCUAAAGUGAUAAUCUUAAAUUUGCCAUUUACCGACAUUUUCCAUUUUCUUGUUUGACUUGCCUUUUCUUGGAUGCGAUGAUAAGGGAACUAAGAAUUGUGUGCACUAUUGCUCAAAUGGAACAUAAGGGAGGUAUCAGUCCUCAAAUGUUGCCUCUAGAACAAAAGUAACACUCAAAAGCCUGAAUAGAAUUCCUUGGGGAAGGGUAGAUGUUAGCUUCAAGAGAAGUAGACAAUGGAUUUUUGCCCAUAGCACCAUUCAGGUAUGUUAUGAACCCCAUUACCUUGGUAAUAGUUUUCCUGGUGUUACUUAAUUAUCCCCUGGUAUAUUCUGUUGUCUCCAUACAUGUUAAUCUGAUAACAUAUACAAAGGCUGUGUAGGUAAUGGCAUAGCAGAUUUUAGUUUCAUGAUCUUACUUAAAUGUAGUUCUGGUGAUAGAUAGUGUCGUGGUUCUAGGUCUGACAGUAGAGUGGGGGGUAGGUAUAGAGAGGCAAGGUCCUAGCCAUGGAGAGGUUGUAAACACAAGGGAUGUACGAGUUCAGUCCC